AUGCCAUCAUUUAAAAAUCUUUCAAGACAAAUAUCCAACUUGUCUAGUGCAAGUUCAACAAAUCCAAUUGAUGAUGCAUUGGAAAAAGUAGGAAAAAAAAUCAAAAAUUGGAUGCUUAAAUCAAAGGAAAAAGUAAAAGAGGUGGGGAGAGAUGAAAAAGUAAAAGAGGUGGGGAGAGAUAUGAGUGAGGUUGUUCAUAGAGGAGGUUGGAAAAUCAUUUAG